AUGUCGACCACGACGUCGGAGAGCCGUCUCAUCUAUAAGCUGCCAGUGGAAAUUUGGGCAGAAAUCUUCGGCUCUCUUUUCAAUUAUCUAUCUGCCCAAGACGACACCGGAGUAGGCGCGAUCGAGGAUCUUGGCCAAUUUGAGACGAAAAUGCCCCUUUUCCUGCGAUUAGGCGUUGAAAGGACACAUCUCUUGCUCACCUGUCGCUACUUUCGAGACAUUUUGCAACCCCCACGGAAUCAACUCACCAUCCUCGAAUACAGGGACGGAGAAUCGCCAGCGAUCACAGUCACAACGACACAAACCGGGCAUUCAGUUUAUGAUACGGAACGUCUCGAGGCCUCUGCUCCUAUAGAUCAUGGUUCAAACACUCUCGGUCCCGUCCCAUGGCCACCCGGCUGGUCCACACAAUCCUGGCAAUCCCUAAAGUCCCUCGUACUCAACUCGGGGUUUCCCUUCGAUCCCAUCCCCAUACUCUCCCGAGCUCCAAAUUUACGACUAUUGGGCUGUGGGCUGCGAACCGACCGUAUAGACACCGGUGACAUGUACCCGGUCUUGCUUCAUCCCCAACUCAAUCAACUUACUCACCUCUCUCUGUAUCCAGCCAAGACGCUGGCCAUCAAUGUGCCGCUUCCAGAGCUCACACUCCCAUCUCUCACGGUCCUUCAAUUUGAGCUUACGAUGCACGAUUUAUAUGCACCUGCUCCAGAGGAGCUCAUCCCCUGGACGCUUCCUUCUCUAAGGACACUUGCUUUGAGGGGCAAGGUCGACAUAGUCGUCUGUCAACAGUUGCAGCCAUUCCUCGAUCGACACGCGUCCAUUGUCAUCAAUCUUGCUAAUGAUCUUACCUGCUGGGACCAUAUUAGGCCUCUGUACCUGGUAAUACUUCACUUCCAGCAGCUACAGGUGUACAGCGUUGAGGUGGGAUCAAUCCUUGGACGUGGACUACAUAAUAUUCCGAGUACACUCCCUCCUCAAAUGCACGGCGAAUCCCCCAUUUUACUUCUUACGGGGAUCUGCGAUCCUUGCAAUAUAAUACUCAAGCGCUCUGCUUUUGAGUCGACCCCAAGUCGUAUAAUCAAUAAAUUUAGGGUGCUCACUCGUGUCAUGCUGGACGAACCAUGGCAAGAUAUCCGAGUCGCCCUAGGCCGAAACCAAAAGCACGCCAUUGACUUCAAAACCAAGAUUACGGCCCUUCUGAAUGGAUUUCAAGACCUUGGAGCUGCGGUUGUAGACAGGCAUGGUGUUGAAAUGCCUCGGGCGACGGCCGAUUGGUUGGACUCUGGGGUGGGGGAUCAAUGCUAA